AUGCACGACGCCACAGCACAGUGCACGACGCCACAGCACAGUGCACGACGCCACAGCACAGUGCACGACGCCACAGCACAGUGCACGACGCCACAGCACAGUGCACGACGCAACAACAGUGCACGACGCAACAACAGUGCACGACGCCACAGCACAGUGCACGACGCCACAACAGUGCACGACGCCACAAACAGUGCACGACGCCACAAUACAGUGCACGACGCCACAACACAGUGCACGACGCCACAACACAGCGCACGACGCCACAAUACAGUGCACGACGCCACAAUACAGUGCACGACGCCACAACACAGUGCACGACGCCACAACACAGUGCACGACGCCACAACACAGUGCACGACGCCACAACACAGUGCACGACGCCACAACACAGUGCACGACGCAACAACACAGUGCACGACGCCACAGCACAGUGCACGACGCCACGGCACAGUGCACGACGCCUCGGCACAGUGCACGACGCCACAGCACAGUGCAAAACGCCACAGCACAGUGCACGACGCCACAGCACAGUGCACGACGCCACACCACAGUGCACGACGCCACCGCACAGUGCACGACGCCACAGCACAGUGCACGACGCCACAGCACAGUGCACGACGCCACAGCACAGUGCACGACGCCACAGCACAGUGCAAAACGCCACAGCACAGUGCACGACGCCACAGCACAGUGCACGACGCCACAGCACAGUGCACGACGCCACAGCACAGUGCACGACGCCACAGCACAGUGCACGACGCCACAGCACAGUGCAAAACGCCACAGCACAGUGCAAAACGCCACAGCACAGUGCAAAACGCCACAGCACAGUGCACGACGCCACAGCACAGUGCACGACGCCACAGCACAGUGCACGACGCCACAGCACAGUGCACGACGCCACAGCACAGUGCACGACGCCACAGCACAGUGCACGACGCCACAGCACAGUGCACGACGCCUCAGCACAGUGCACGACGCCACAGCACAGUGCACGACGCCACAGCACAGUGCAAAACGCCACAGCACAGUGCACGACGCCACAGCACAGUGCACGACGCCACAGCACAGUGCAAAACGCCACAGCACAGUGCACGACGCCUCAGCACAGUGCACGACGCCACAGCACAGUGCACGACGCCACAGCGCAGUGCACGACGCCACAGCGCAGUGCACGACGCCACAGCACACUACCCCAGAGCACAGCACUACGGCACAACACAGCCCACUACACCACAGCGUACAGGAGUGUCCAGGUGGCGUCACUCCUCGUUCUGCACAUCCCAGGAGUGUCCAGGUGGCGUCACUCCUCGUUUUGCACAUCCCAGGAGUGUCCAGGUGGCGUCACUCCUCGUUCUGCACAUCCCAGGAGUGUCCAGGUGGCGUCACUCCUCGUUCUGCACAUCCCAGGAGUGUCCAGGUGGCGUCACUCCUCGUUCUGCACAUCCCAGGAGUGUCCAGGUGGCGUCACUCCUCGUUCUGCACAUCCCAGGAGUGUUUCAGGUGUGUGUGUCGUCGGGGCCGCCCGCGACGCCGGGGUCCACCUCCUGGCCUGGCGCCCGGGGCCAACUCCGUCACUCUCUGCAACAUGAAACAAAAUGA